GCGGGGCGAUGGGCGGGGCGUCGCCGCCGAGGGGGGGGCGGUUGCCCCCGGCGACGACUCUGACUCCUCCUGCCCCAUCUCGGUGAUCCGGACCCCCAUCCCCGUCACCGUGGCGACGCCCAAGAGGGCUAAGAGCCAGCGCAGGAAGGCCGAGGCGGCGGCCAUCGCCACGCGCACAGAGUACGCAGGCAUGGCACGGGAGCAGCACAAGAUACAGGAGACGCUGAGGAAGGCGACGCUCUCACGGAGUAAGGUGUCGUCCGUGGCUCCGUGUGUCCCGGUGGCGCUGGACCUGGGAGACAUGCUGUACGCGCUGGAGACACAACAGAGGAGUCUCCGCUCACGGAACCUCACUCACACGGGCCGACCCUGGGAUGUCCGCUGCUCGCCACCGCAGGCCGCUCCAGCGCCCGCCGCCGGCAACGCCGCCGCCGGCAACGCCGCAGCUUCACCGCCGUUGCCGGCGGCGAUGCCGGCGGCGAUGCCGGCGUCGGCGUCGGCGUCGUCGCCGUCGCGAGCGCUGCAGCCGCAGGAGGAGGCCUUCGGCGUGGCGAGGAGGACGCGGGAGAGAGAAGGCCCCAAAAGCAAGCGGCCAACGCCCCUGAAGAAGGUCAUCCUGAGAGAGAGGGAGGAGAGGUCCCGGAGGCACUUUGAGUCUUCGGCUGUCCCCUCGGGCCCUGCGGCUGUCCCCACGGGCUCUGUCUCCAGUACGGCUGUCUCCUCCCUGUCUCCCGCACAGGACAGCGGACAGCUGGGGCUGUCUCCAGAAGAUGGCUGCUCAAUGUCCCCGGCUUCCCAGGAGUCUCCCCUGAGUCUGACCCCAGUGAGCCAGACUCCACCGCUGAGCCAGGGAGACUCGCCACACCUCACCGGGAACACUCACCACUCGCCGCUCACCAUCCACAGCCAACGGUUCCGAGAAUACUGCCAGCAGGUGCUCAGCCCAGAGAUUGAUGCCUGCUCUACGCAGCUGCUCCAGGCCCUCGUGCGUGCCCAGGAGCGUCACUACCAGCACCAGGGCCCCCCGGUCCCCCCAGGCGGCCGGUCGCGUGCCAGGAGCGGUGCACCUCCUCGCCGGCUGGUGAUGGGGCUGCGGGAGGUGACCAAGCACCUCAAGCUGGGCCGGGUUUCUCUGGUCAUCAUCUCGCCCAACUGCGAGAAGAUACAGGCCAAGGGAGGCCUAGACGACGCCCUACAGACGGUGAUUGACUUGGCACGUGACCAGGAUCUGCCCUUUGUGUUUGCGCUUGGGCGCAAGGCGCUGGGGCGCUGUGUCAACAAGCUGGUACCUGUCAGUGUCGUCGGAGUCUUCAGCUACGACGGAGCAGAGGCCCUGUUCACUCGGCUGGUGCAGCUGACGGAGUUGGCUCGGGCCUCCUACAGGCAGAUGGUGCAGGCCCUGGAUCAAGGCCAUGCGGCCCUCCGCGGGCCCCUCGCGUGGAGCUGUGGCCCCCCACCCUUUCCGCCCCCACCCGCUCAUCAUCAGCAGCAUCAUCAGCAGCAGCAGCAUCAUCAGCAGCAGCAGCAGCAUCAGCAGCAGCAGCAGCAGCGCCUGCCGUUCAUGACACAUUCUCGGAAUGCAUCAGCGGCCAGUGCUGUGUCCUUCUGCAGUGUAGUGUCCGAGCCGAUAUCUGAGCUGAACGAGCGUGAGCACGAGAUAAAUUGGCGCAAGAUCGUGGACUUUCCCGACCAGGAGCCAGCAACCGCCACCCCGGCAACCGUAACCCCGGCAACCGCAACCCCGGCAACCGCAACCCCGGCAACCGCCACCCCGGCGGCCGCGACCUCCAACCCUGCCCACCGACCGCCCACUCUGCACGCAACUCUCAUCACGGCAGCCGGCGAUGGUGGCGGUGAUGGUGGUGGCGAUGGUGAUGAUGGUGGUGGUGGUGAUGGUGGUGGUGAUGAUGAGACACGCAGAUAG